AUACACUCAACCGCUUCUCAAUAUGCCUCCCAGCACCCUCCCGUUACCAACACCGAAGAUAGUAGCACAGCAAUUUUUCCUUGAUCCAAAAGCAUGCAUCCUAAUUGGCAUCACUGCUUUGUACCUCAUCCUUGUUCGAUGUCUGAGAUACCGACGUGCCAACUCGAUCGCCUCUCCAUUCACAGAAGGGAAGAGGCCAAUGUCGAGCAUGACUACACAAGAGGCUUCUGACAUCAUGACGCAACUUCAAUCUUUCGAAUUCCCAUACUCAAUGAACAAAGCACGAAGUGUAGCACUCCUCAAGGCUGGUGGUAUACCCACAAUGUCGAAACUCUUCGCCGUCACGGGGCAGAACAAUGUCAGAAACGCAGGAAAGCGGGCAGUAGACACGGAGAUUCUCCUACGAGAAUCACAAACACAGCCACGGAACUCCCAGCGCUACAUGGAUGCCGUCGCUCGGAUGAACUACCUGCACGCACGGUAUCGCAAGGCCGGAAAGAUCCUCGACAAAGAUCUCUUACAUACACUUGGCGAUGGUGCACUUGAAAUCCUCCACGUUAUAGACAGUGGAGAGUGGAGACAACUCAGCCCCGUUGAGAAGUGCGCUGUCGGUGUCUUCCACUACAACCUCGGUGAAGACUUGGAGAUCCCAUUCACGCCGUUGAGAAGCUCUGAGUCAGGAUGGCAGGACGGAUUGCAUUUCGUCACCGAGUUGAUCGAGUGGACUAAACUGUAUGAAAAGGAAGUGGCCAGACCAACAGCUACCGGAGACCAGUAUGUUCGAGUAUACGUGGAUUCCGCCGGAAAGAAAUUGGGAAAAGCCGUAACAUCGCUCCUAAGACAACUCGUCGGCCUCGAUCUAGACGACACCAUGCGAGAAAGCCUUUGUAUCGAGGCAGCAGGGCCUCUACUAUCAGCACUAGUCACUGCCAUCACCAACGCGCGCAAACUCGCCCUCCGACAUCUCAGUCUACCUCGCCCGGCAUCCUGUGCUUAUCAACCCGUAUCUUCCGGUCUGAACACAGAUGGUUUGUACAACUUCAGCCACGGCGGCUUCCAACCUUGGUACAUUCAGCCUAGCUUUUGGUCAAUUUGGAGUCCGGGUUCCCUGCUUUUAAGGACUUUUGGCGCUAGGAAGCCGGGUAGCAAGGGGGAUAGAUAUAGGCCUAGGGGUUAUGAUCUCAAGACCAUUGGACCAUCUCCACAGGAGGGCAAGGGCAUCGAGGAGAUGACGGAAACAGUGGCGGCUUGGGAGGGCAGAGGGACUGGUGAGUCACCCUUCGGUGAUAUUCAGAAGCGCAAAAGGUAUGCUUCUACUAUUGAAUAAGUGGUCGACUAGGCAGGUGGGAGAGAAUUAUGAGCUCUUGCAUGCUAUAAUGGAAUAAGAUGUUGUCGAUGAUAUGAAAUAGUGUAUCCCGAAUCCUAAAUGAAGCACUUUUCAUAUUCUCUCAAGAGUAUGUAAUUUGUAUAUCCACGAACCAUGUGUAUUGAUUCAUCUAUAUC